CUGAUGGCCAGGGCUCAGACAAGCUGCCAGCCGGGUGAGGACGACUCUGCCAGUGGUUUCCACACUGAAUAGAGUUUGUGCACUGGCUUUGGAUGGUUCUGGAGAAUUGGAUAACAGAUUGAGGCUUUUAGUCCAACAUUAGAAAAAGAUACUUCAGCUGGUAGAUGUGACAUCUUAAGUGGAGUGCUGUCAGGAGAUCACCUCAUUUUGCCAUGUUGGAUGAAGGAUAUAGUCAAUCCUCAGGUGGGUUCACCGGCCAAACAGCAGUGAAGAGAAAGAGGGCGGCUCUUCAGAUUUUGCCAUGCACAGUGUCUCAGCUCCUGUCUGCCUCUGAAGUCAAUGAGGUCUUCCUCCUGCGCAACUGUGAGGUCAACCAGGUAUCUGUGGUGGGCGUCGUCAGAGAAUUUGUUCCCUUUGUGACCAGCAUCAAGUACACUGUGCAUGACAUGACCGGCCCACCUAUGGACGUGAAGCAGUGGGUGAAUACAGAGGCCGCCGGGGUCACGUGCACUCUCACUCCUCCUGGAAGAUAUGUUAAAGUUUCAGGACGUCUGCAGAGCUCUCAGGGUAAAAGGUUACUGCUGGCCAAAAAUAUCCGUUGUAUUGAGGACCUGAAUGAGAUCACGUCCCACAUGCUGGAGGUGGUGCAAGCCCACAUGCAACUUUUCAGAAAGGCGGUGGAUGUGAAUAUGAAUACAAUUGCCUCCUCGGUGGCGGGAACAGUCCAAACAUAUGGCAUGUGCAAUGAUGGAUGUCCACAAGGCAUCUCACCGGAUGGUUUGUCUACCAUCCAGGGUCAGGUUUUCAGUGCAAUCAAGAGCUGCUCUCUUCAUGAGGGCAUCGGUUUCCAGAACCUGACGAGGCAGCUUGGAUAUCUCAGCGUCAAAGACAUCAGGAAUUCCUUGAGGUUUCUCCUCACUGAAGGCCAUAUCUUCACCACCAUGGAUGAGUGGCAUUUCAAGUCCACAGACAAUUAGUGUCUGAGGGCUUCUCUCCUCUGAAACCCCAAGUGAAAAUCAGAAUCCUUGGAUUACAGUAAUUGUCAUAUACAUGAGAUAUCUUGAUCUGUUUGUGGCCGUUUUGCCUUAUGAUUGACAGGAGAUCACAGUUUACUCACCUUUUUUAUUUCCCUGCUCAAUCCCUGUACAGCUGAUGGUUAAUUCUGCCUUGAUCCAGAGUGAGUACUGUCAGAUAAAGGCACUGUUGGACUGGUUCCAGGGCAUGUGUGUAUGAGUAUUGUACUUUCUUCAGUUCACUACUACAAUAUGUUUCUUAUGCUUUAUUGUGUUUUCUUUUUCCCCUUAUUCAUGCUCUGUAGACGAGUGCUCUGACUAUGAUAAUUAUAUGAAUGAAUGCACAAACAUG